AUCGAUUGCAUCUCCUUUAGGAGCAGCUCCUCGCCGCCGGUGAGGGGGGAGCUGCCGGCUGCAGCCCGUGCAAAGGCUGUUUUGUUGCACAGAUGAUAGGUCCCUCAUUCCCCACCCCACCCCCUUCCCUGGGAGGCUGGUUCAAUUGCUCAUGACGUCCCUCCCUCGCUGAGAUCGCUGCCCUCCCGCUUUCCAGCUCACUCAUUCCUGCCUCCUGCUGCAGCUGCCUUGCAUUAUAUUCCCUCCCCCCCUCCGUUUUUCCCCUCCCUGACGCCGCUCUCCGAGACAGCCCGAUUCAUUUUUCUUGCUGCUAGAGAAGGAAGAAAGCAGUGGGGGGAAGCGGCCGCUUUUAUUCCCCCCCCUUUUUUCUAUCUGCAUUUUUUUAAUAAUUAGCAUUGCAAGCAGGCUGUGGCAGCCUUUGAUUCUCCUCGCCAGAUGAACAUCGCCUUGGACACUUGGACAUCUUGACUCCGGAUUACUCGAGGGGAAGAAGAAGAAAAAAAGUCUCCAAACAGUGCUUGAACGGAGAUAAAAUUGUCCAGGACAGCAGCUGGGGACUGGAAUAAUUAGUAACCAUGACAACAGAGACGGGCCCAGAUUCAGAAGUGAAGAAUGCCCAAGAGGAAACUCCACAGCAGCAGCUAGAGGCAGCGGCCAGUGGGCCAAACGCAGUGACCGGCAGCUCCACACCCACUGCAAACAACCAGGAAGCUGAGGCUAAUGAGAAGCCAGGAGCCCCCGGUGACUCUAAACAUGCAGAACGGGCUGUGGAUAUGGAUGAAAAGGACUACAGCGAAGCAGAUGGGAUAUCUGAGAGAACCACCCCUAGCAAGACCCAGAAAUCUCCCCAGAAAGCCACCAAGAAGCUCAAGAGUGCCAUCUGCAGAGUGACCUUGCUUGAUGCCUCUGAGUACGAGUGUGAAGUGGAGAAACAUGCCCGAGGUCAGGUGCUCUUUGACAUGGUCUGUGAACACCUCAACCUCCUGGAGAAGGAUUAUUUUGGACUCACAUUCUGUGACUCAGACAGUCAGAAGAAUUGGCUAGAUCCCUCCAAGGAAAUAAAGAAGCAGAUUCGCAGUGGGCUCUGGAACUUCGCCUUCACAGUCAAGUUUUACCCACCAGACCCCGCUCAGCUCACAGAGGACAUUACAAGAUACUACCUAUGCCUGCAGCUCCGAGCGGACAUCAUCAGUGGGCGCCUGCCCUGCUCUUUCGUUACGCAUGCACUACUGGGCUCCUAUGCUGUACAAGCUGAAAUGGGAGAUUUCGAUGCUGAGGAGCAUGUGGGCAACUAUGUUGGUGAGCUUCGUUUUGCUCCAAACCAGACCAGGGAGUUGGAAGAGCGUAUUAUGGAGCUGCAUAAGACUUACCGGGGCAUGACGCCUGGAGAGGCAGAAAUUCACUUCCUCGAGAAUGCAAAGAAGCUUUCGAUGUAUGGAGUUGACCUACAUCAUGCCAAGGACUCAGAAGGCAUUGACAUCAUGCUGGGUGUUUGUGCCAACGGCCUUCUCAUUUAUAGGGACAGGCUGAGAAUAAACCGUUUUGCCUGGCCCAAGAUCCUCAAGAUUUCAUACAAGAGGAGUAACUUCUACAUCAAAAUUCGACCUGGUGAGUAUGAGCAGUUUGAGAGUACUAUUGGCUUCAAGCUGCCCAACCACCGCUCGGCCAAGAGACUCUGGAAGGUUUGCAUUGAGCAUCACACAUUCUUCAGGCUAGUGUCCCCAGAGCCUCCUCCGAAGGGCUUCCUAGUCAUGGGUUCCAAGUUCCGCUACAGUGGGCGAACCCAGGCUCAAACGCGGCAGGCCAGCGCCCUGAUUGAUCGUCCUGCCCCAUACUUUGAGCGAUCCUCCAGCAAACGGUACACCAUGUCUCGCAGCCUCGAUGGAGAAUUCUCACGCCCAGCUUCAGUCAGCGAGAAUCACGACGGAAUGGAGUCAGACAAAAGAGACGAAGACAGCAGGUAUGGCGGGAGGACGCGGUCCGAGGCAGAGGAUGAAGAGGUGACCACCCCAACAAAAAUCAAGGAGCUAAAGACGGAACAAGAAACCACCCCAAGGCACAAACAGGAGUUUUUAGACAAACCGGAAGAUGUUUUACUAAAGCACCAGGCCAGCAUCAAUGAGUUGAAGAGGACCCUGAAGGAACCUAACAGCAAACUCGUGCACAGGGACCGGGAUAGGAGACUGCCUUCCUCACCCGCCUCUUCCUCGCCCAAACACGAGGAUGAGACACCAAAGGGAACUCCAGAGAAGGCCAAUGAGAUGUCAGAAGAGGAUUCUCCAGAGGAUCUAUCAUCUGAGCAUGGAGCUGCCUUACUCAUGGAGUCUUUUACACAGAAAAGCCUUGUUUCUUCUCCUGAGGGUUCAGAGCAUUGGGUAUUUAUAGAAAGAGAAACUUCUGAGCCGGAAGAGCUAGCAAUAAAACAAAUUAUUGUGGCACAGAAGGAAGAAGCACAUGCUGGUCCUUCAGAGAAGCAAGAACAUUUGGAUUUAUCAAAGGUGACCACUGCAGUAGGAGAACUUAAAGCAGCAGCAAAGCAGGAGGAGGAAGAAAGUGAGGAAAGCAACUCACAGAUUCGAAAAAGAGCUAAAAUGAUAGCUAGUCCAGAGGAUUUUGAAUCCUUAUGGGAGGAUGAUGUGUAUGAGAGAGAUAAUAGAAAACACUCUUCUGAGACAGACAGUCAGACAACUGAAGAGAGAGAAGAGCAGAAAGACAAAAUAGUGGCGGUGAUAGAUGCCUCCACUGAACCUGAGGAAAGAAAAGAGCAGAGAGACAAAAUGGAAGCUGUGGUAGUUGCCUCCAUUCAACAUGAGCAGAGAGAAGAGCCGAAAGACAAAAUGGAGACAGUAGCUGCCACUGAACCUGAGUGGAGAGAAGAGCAGAAAGACAAAAUGGAAACAGUGGUGUUAUUCUUCAACAAACCUGAGCAACCAAGUGGCCCUGUUAAAGGGUCAUCAGAAAAGAGUACUGAACCUGAAGGUUUCCAAGCUGAAGAAGGACAAAGAUCUGUCUCUUUUUGUCCGGAGUUCCCAAAAGAAGAAAGCAAAGUUUUAAUUCAAGAAUAUAGGAGUAUUUUGACAGUCUCAGAGAAGGAAGUGUUAAAAUCUACCUCAGAUUCUGAUUCUGUUAAGGCUAAGGUGAAACUGAGUGAUAAAGCAGUGUCUUCUGCUGCAGAAAGGAUAAUCUAUUUGGAUUCUGAAGAAACAGAUGAAAUAGAUUAUGAGGCCAAGAAAAUACCUGAUAGAGAAAAGGAUUGCUCAUCUGAAGACAGACAGGAAGACCAAACAGAGCUAUCCAUUGAAAAAGAGAAGAGUUCUAGGCUUGCAUCAGUUGCAGCUGCAGGGGAGACAAGGGGAAAUGAUGAGUUCCAAUCCUGUUCACCCACAUAUGCUGAAGGAAAACCAAAGAUCAGCACACCAGUUAUGAAAUCUGAUUACCCUGACAAAGAUGCAGAGGAUGGUAAAAAGGUACAUCCUAUAGAGCAGAAUACUUUUGAGAAAGAGGAACAUUCGUCAACUGCAGAAGAAAGAGCUUCAGUGGAGUCAACUGAUUAUGGAACCAAAGUUUAUAGUGAAUCCAGUGUAUACUAUUCCAUAGAGGAAUCCAGCCAAAGGGCUUUCCAUUUAUCAAUGCCAAAGCUAAAAUCUGGAUCCCCAACAAAAGAAGCAGAUGCUCAGGUCCCUUGUGGGCAAGAACAGAAAGCUGAUGAAAUACAUAGCACUCUUCUAGAAAGUGAAGAAGAAUCCAACAAGGAGACUGACAAAGUAGCUCUAAUAAUCAGAACUUCAGAAACCCCAAGUGAAAGAAAUGAGUUAGAAGAAAAGGAAACUUCUCAAAUACUUCUUCAAAUGGAUGCCAUAGAGAUUACAAAACCCACUACGGAUUCCUCACCACAGCAACUUUCCUGUACUAGAGUUGGUACAGAUGGAGAGCAACAUAAAGCACAGGACACAAAGACAUCAGAAUUAGCCAAGGAUGAAACCCUUGAUUCAAAUCAUCCCUCCCAAGACAAAUUGUUUGAAAUCAAAGAGCCAACCAAAAAUAAAUGCACCAAAUCAGAAGGAUCCACCAUGGAUAAAAACUCUGAAAUUGAAUAUUCAGCUGAAUAUGAGAGCCCUGAAUUAGAAGUUGUAGACAGAGGCAAACUCCAAGAACUGGAGGAUGCAGCCAAUGCCAACAAUAUUGAAGUGGAACAGAUGACAGAAGAUAACCCUCCUCAAUCAGAAGAGUCAACUACAGAUAAAUCAUCAACUUUGGAUAAUCUCUCAGAAUUUAAAAAGGCAGCUAAGGAUGGCUCUUCUGACGCUGCAGAAACCGAUAGAGAUGAAUUCCAUGGAUUGCAUAAAAUGGCUAAAGAUAAACUCCAAAAAUUGGAUAAACACACGAAAGUAGCUGAGGAUAAAAUUCCAGAAGUGGAGGACACAGCUAAGGAGAAACACUGUGAAGUGGAAGAGCUGGCCAAAGAUAAUCUCCAAAAGUCAGAGGAUAUAACUCUAGACCCGGACGAACUGGCUCAGAAUAAAUUCUCUACCUUGAAUAAGGUAUCUGAGGAUUACAUUUUAUCCCAGGCUGGCUCUCCUGAUUCUAAACCUCCAGAAUUGGAAGGGACACCCCAGGAUAAAUCUCCUUUGAAAGAAGGAAGGGAGGCAACAUAUCCUGUCUCUCAUAAGACUGGGUCCGCAGAAGGGAGUGAAGAAUGUUCGCAACCUCCUCAUGCGACAGUACAGGGCAGGGAAGAGCGAAAGACUUCCAUUGAGAAACAGAAACCAGAACUGGAACCACUGAAGCUCAUUGUAUGUGGCACAGACACUACUUCUUCACACGUAGAGAACCAUUGGGGCUCAUUUGAGCACAGAAGUGAGACAAACCAAGAAAUCUCUGUAGCUUCUAAAAUCAGGAUGUUCGAACAAGGUGAAACGUACAGCUCACUUUUUGAUGAGCAACAUGCAGCCCUAAGGAGAUUCCAUGAGAGUGGCACUGAGCAACUGAAGGAUCUGCCAAAGAUGCACAUAGAGCUACGGAAGGAUAUCCUUUCAGAAAAUGAUGAUGCAAAAGUGAAAGCACCCUUGGGCCCUUUGGAUGGCAAAGCAAAGGAUCCCAGAGACACACAAGAUGUGACAUACCUAGCCGUUGCACAAGGAGCAAGUGAGGGAGAACCUUCUCAGCCUUCAUCUUGGAAGGAAGAUAUUUCUGUUGGAUCAGAGCAAGGGGAAGAAGAAGGAGAUGCUGAAUUGGCUUCUCCUGAUUCUGGCUGUGAAAUCACUUUGGCAGAAGCUGUGAGCAAAUUUCAAGAACCAGCUUGGGAAGAAAAGGAUUUGUCAGGCCCAUCAGUAAAAGCCUCUCCGAAGGAAGGGAGUUUAAAGGCUGCUGCUCCAGCAGCCCCUCAGAGAGCGGGAUUGAGGGAGGGCACAGAGGAGAAAUCUAAGCCACCUCGGCACAGGGCUCCCGAAAGUGACACUGGGGAUGAGGAUCAAGACCAGGAGAGAGACUCAGUCUUCCUGAAGGAUAACCACUUGGCCAUCGAACGCAAGUGCUCAAGUAUCACUGUCAGCUCAACUUCGAGCCUCGAGGCUGAGGUGGACUUCACAGUCAUUGGUGACUAUCACAGCGCAGCCUUCGAAGACUUCUCUCGGAGUUUGCCUGAGCUUGACAAGGAAAAGAGUGAGGGGGAAGCAGAGGGUCAAAUUUCUUCUGAAGAAUCCGACAAAGCAGCUCCCAGGGAGGAAGAUGAUACCAAGGAUGGCGAUAAGGUUCCCCAAGUAAUCCCAGAAGAGGUACAAAUGGGAGCCAUGUCCUCGAUUGUGAAAACAGAAACUGUGAAAAAAGCAGAAGGAGAGGCCUCUAUGCAGCACAGAAUCAUUGCAACAGAAAUUACACAGGUUGAUGGUACCACCACAGGUGGAAAAGAAACAAUAACCACUUCUCACAUUGUCAGCACAGAAACCAUAUCAACAACCUCAGAUCACAGCACCAAGCCUGGGAAAGGCACACCAGAACUUCGCUCCAUCUCCCCAAUCACCAGCAGUGGGAAAGAAGCCUUCACCAGCCUUUUUGGUGCCACUGCAGAAACCCUCUCCACUUCCACCACUACCCACGUUACUAAGACUGUGAAAGGAGGCUUUUCUGAAACCAGAAUAGAAAAACGAAUCAUCAUAACAGGAGAUGAAGAUGUGGACCAAGACCAGGCUUUGGCUUUGGCAAUCAAGGAGGCAAAACUGCAGCACCCUGACAUGCUGGUAACCAAAGCUGUAGUAUAUAGAGAAACAGACCCAUCUCCAGAGGAAAAGGACAAGAAGCCUCAGGAAUCUUGACCUUCGUAUUUCUAGAAGUUGGCAUCUCUAUUUUAACUUUGGAGUAAAGAAGGGGCCUUUAUGCUGGAUUCCUCAAUAAGACAUAGAACGUCCUGGCUGCAAGAAUAAUGUUGAGAGACAAAAAUAAAAAUAAAAAAUAAAAAGGAAUAGCAAAUAUAUUAUAUAUUAUAUAUACAGGAAACAAAAUGCAUCCUUGCACUGCUGCUAUAUGCUGGAUAUGAAUUACAAACAGCAACAUCAGCAACCAACAAAACCAACCACCUCUUCAAAUAAAAUGAAGAAUUGACUGGACUGAUCUAAAAGAAAAAAAAAUCAUGAUGGUAAUAAUAUUAUUAACAAUACAAUAAACCACCAUUCUGCAUGUUACAUUUAAAGGAUACAUAACUCAUUUGUUGCACACUGAAUGGAAAAGCAAAAAAUGCUUUGCAACAAAGCAAGAAAUCAACAAGCAAAACAAGCAGAAAUACAAACUGAUUCCCUGCAUAGGAAAGAAUCAAAAACCAUUCAUUGUAUAAUUCUUGUUUAAUUAUUUUCUGAUUUGGGAUGUGUGGUGAUCACUCUUUCUCUUCACUCCAUGCUACUUCUGUUGCUUCAUCUAUUUGGUCCUCUUAUUUUCCCAAUCCCUGUCCUUUUUUUUUAACCUUUCCUCCCUGUAUUCAGUUCCUUGUUCUGAUGAAGAUAAUUAAGACUGGAUAUCACUUAAACAAAACAAAAUUAUUUGUAUAUGAUUUCUCAUUGAUCAAAUUACAGCCUGUAGAGGUUUCAUAUGGAUGUGCUUUUAAGUUAUGUAUAUUAUAUAUAACUGGGAGGGUGGGGAAACGAUAUUAAAACAAAUUAAACAGUGCUGAUAAGUAUGACAAUGACAUUUUUACAUUAUAAUUAUUUGUUUGACCAUGCUUAAUGUAUUGCAAGACUCUUAGAUCAUGCCGAUAGCCCAUGAAAACAGAGUAGGAAAAAGAUCACUAAUUCCCUCUGGGGGCGGUAUUUUUUUGUCACUAACCUGACCUGAGCUCUUACAAAAGAGACUGGCAUAGUGACACAACAAUGUUUGUAAUUGGUUGGUGAUAAGGCAGCAUUCAACAACAUGGGAAGGGAGUCAAGGAAGACAGAAUGGAUCAGUGUUAACUGCAGCCCUGUUAGAGUCACUAAAACAUGCCAAUCCACUAUCUCUCCCUCAUCCUCUAGGCCCAGGAAAGGUCAGCUUGAGGACAUGAGGUCAGGUUGCUUCAUCAUUCACAGCCUUUCAGUAUCUAGAAGUGUUUGAUCUCUCAGACCUAAGCGUCUAACUGGAGCAGAGCUACUGUGACCUGUGUGUCAGUUUUUUUAAAACUACAGCAUUUGAUUCCAAACCUAGUGGCCCCCGCAAACUUACAGGUGACAAUAUUCCAUCUUUAGUUCCUUGCCUGAAAUCGGUCUGAUAGCUCUUCCAAGAAAAGUGUCCAAGCUGAGCAAGGAGGCAUCCCUGCCCUGCUCUCUGCACACUCCAUGAUUCUAUUUUGCCGGGAUAAUGCUCGAUUUUGCAGAGAGUAUCCAACGGGUGGGGAACCAGGAUGAAAUAGAACUGCUUCCUUCCAUGUGCACUUGCCUACAUUAGAGCCAGGGUUUAUUAAUGGACAAAUGACACACGAUUUCUUGAAAGUGCAUCCAUCCAGAUUACAGCAAGAUGUGAAGCAUGGGAGGCCAGUGAACAUAAGGGCACACAUUGUUCAGGCAUGAGGGAGGCGUUAAAUCUAACUGCUCAGCUACAGAUGGAACUUUCAACUUCAAUAUUUUACUUUACUACUUUCCAUUAAUUGCUUUCAUCCACUUUGUGAAAGGGCGAGUUAGAGCAGAUGCAGAAUGUAAGGAGGGAACAUAACAAAAUUAGCCCGUUUCCAAGUGGAACAGCCAGUGGAUCCAGAUGUUAGAGAAGGGGCAACAAACACUGCACCAUGCUUGCCUUUUAUCUCCCCUCCUCAACACACAUUUGAUCCCUGGAGAAGGACAUCUAACUAGUGCCUGUAGUUGGGAUCUAGAGAACUUCUGGAGAAAGGGUCUACUUGAAUACAAUCAUUGGCAUAAGAUGGACAAAUCUCAUACAGUAAACUGCCACUGUAGAAAGCACUGGGCCAAUGGUCAUUUCAGUUGUCUGCUACUAUGGCUCCCAAAAAUUGGAUCUGCUUCUGGCAUGCAGGCAUGUCCUAAGUAAGCAUUGAGAGCAUAAACACACACACGUUAUGCUAUAGGAAUCAUUUCCAUUUCUCAUGUAUCCAAAUGUAUGCUUCUCUGAAUUUUAUCUGAAGAUUAUUCUUUAAUAUUUUUUUCACUUCCUGCUGCUCUUUGGGACCACCUACUACCCCAGAACCAAAACGUAAAGAAACACACACAUAGCAAAUGAAGUAUACAGAACUCCAAUCAAUCUUUGAAAACAAAUCCUUGUGCUUUUAGUUAAAAAAUUAACUCAAAUCUAGGGAAGUCGUGGCGGCAUAAAUAUGUGAGAUAUUAUGCCGGUCCAUGUUACAAGGACAGGGAGGAAAUCUCCCCUCCCAAACUUUGCAUUUUAGGUUACAAAACAAAAAGCUCAGAAGUCACCACUGAGCAGCUAGAUGAAAAGUACGAUCCCACUUACCCUGAUAUGCACUGGGACAAGUGAGUCUAACACUAAAAACUGUGGAGGUGAACUGCUUCAAAACCAACAUGCGCAAGAUCAGAAUACAACCCUGGGCAAUCAGAGGAAAGCUGAAAUUUACAUGUUUCUUUGGAUUCCUUCCACAGUUUAUCUGAUGGGUAGCCAUUAACAAAAACUAGAUUUUUGUUCACCUAGCAAGAUGUGGCUUAUACAUAGAAAUCUAUAUAAAUAUAUAAAUAUAUAUAAUAUUUAUUAUUUGUGGUAGUGUUGAAGCCAUGCAUCGUUUUUAAGGUCCUGGUUUCCUCUCACUUUGAUCUUCACGAUUGCUGCCAUCUGAUAUAGCUGAUCACUCUUUUUUCUUUCUUUUUUUUGGGGGGGUUUUCCAUUGAAGGGGGGGGGAAAUGCAACUGCUUGUUUGUGACAAAUCCCACAAGUUGAUUCAAAAACCGGCCAGCAAUUGCAUGGAUUAAUAAUAUUCAUAAUUCUUUCUUCUUUUUUUAAUUUGAGAAGCACCUUACCAACCAACAGCAAUGCCCUUUCAUCCUUUCACUAAUUCCUCUGUCCUCCCCGCUGCCUCCUCAUGCCUAUUUUUGUCCCCCACCCCUUUCAAUCAUAUCCUCUUUCAGUGCUUGGUGGUGUAUGCGUGUGUGCUCACUGUUCUUGUAUUCAAUAAAAGUGAAAUAAAUGUGUUUGAUGC